UCCGCGCCGAGCAGGGGGCGGGGUCGCGCCCGCCGCUCCGCCCCUGCUCCGUAGGCGGCGCUAUUGCUUGCAGGGGCUGCGGCGGGGUCGCCCCGAGCUGGGAGCUCCGCGUCCGGUCUCCCAGCUCGAGGGCGGGGCACCUGGGCCUGUCGAGGGUUCCGCGGCAGCAAGCGGAAAGCCCCGCCCCCUCCCUCGCCGGGCCCGCCCCCUCCCCGUCCCCCGCCCAUCCCGAGGCGCAGCCGGCGCUGAGCGCGGCGGGCGCGGGAGCUGGCGCUGGAGCCGGAGCGGCGGCGGCGGCAGCGGCAUUCACGGGGCGGCGGCGCGGGCUCCGGCACCGGCUCGGGCUCCGGCAUGGUGCAGUACGGCCUCGUCCCGGGAGAGCGGGGCCCGUGCGCAGGGCCGGCGCCUGGGGAGCGGCGGCAGCGGCGGUGGCUGUGGUGGCUGCAGGCGCAGGCAGGCAGCAGGUGCUAGAAGCCGGGCUGGGCGAGGUGUGUGUCCGCUGGGCUCCCGGGCCGCCGCCCCCUCACUGCCCGGGUCUUUCCCUCCCUUCGUGUUCCCCAGCGCGUCCAGCCCCCUACCUCCGCGCCUCGGCCCAUGGCGCCCCGCGGCUGAGACAGCGCCGCCAGAGACCCCUCCCGCGGGCCUCCCCGGGGCGUGCAGAUCCCGGAGCCGCCCUCCCACCCUCUGCAGAGCCUCCCUCCCCUCCUCGCCCGAGCCGGGCGGGACCAUGGCUGCGAAGCUGCGAGCGCAUCAGGUGGACGUGGACCCGGACUUCGCGCCGCAGAGCCGGCCGCGCUCGUGUACCUGGCCCCUGCCGCAGCCCGACUUGGCUGGCGACGAGGACGGAGCGCUGGGCGCAGGGGUGGCCGAGGGCGCGGAGGACUGCGGGCCGGAGCGCCGGGCGACUGCCCCGGCGAUGGCCCCAGCGCCGCCACUGGGCGCGGAGGUCGGACCGCUGCGCAAAGCGAAGAGCUCCAGGCGGAACGCGUGGGGGAACCUGUCCUACGCCGACCUCAUCACCAAAGCCAUCGAGAGUGCCCCGGACAAGCGGCUCACGCUCUCGCAGAUCUACGACUGGAUGGUCCGUUACGUGCCCUACUUCAAGGAUAAAGGCGACAGCAACAGCUCGGCCGGCUGGAAGAACUCCAUCCGGCACAACCUGUCGCUGCACACCCGUUUCAUCCGUGUGCAGAACGAGGGCACCGGCAAGAGUUCGUGGUGGAUGCUGAACCCCGAGGGCGGAAAGACAGGCAAGACUCCGCGGCGCAGGGCCGUGUCCAUGGACAACGGGGCCAAGUUCCUGCGCAUCAAGGGCAAGGCGAGCAAGAAAAAGCAGCUACAGGCGCCUGAACGAAGCCCGGACGACAGCUCCCCGGGCGCUCCCGCCCCGGGGCCGGUGCCCGCCGCAGCCAAGUGGGCCGCCAGCCCCGCCUCGCAUGCCAGCGACGACUACGAGGCGUGGGCCGACUUCCGCGGCGGCGGGAGACCCCUGCUCGGGGAGGCGGCCGAGCUAGAGGACGAUGAGGCCCUGGAGGCCCUGGCGCCAUCAUCGCCGCUCAUGUACCCGAGCCCCGCCAGCGCGCUGUCGCCGGCGCUGGGCGCGCGCUGUCCCGGAGAGCUGCCCCGCCUGGCCGAGCUGGGAGGCCCGCUGGGCCUGCAUGGCGGCAGCGGCGGCGGCGGCGGCGGCGGCGGCGCGGGGCUGCCCGAGGGCCUGCUGGACGGCGCGCAGGACGCGUACGGGCCGCGGGCCCGCUCCGGGACGCCCGCCUACUUCGGCGGCUGCAAAGGUGGCGCCUACGGCGGGGGCGGGGGCUUCGGGCCACCAGCGCUGGGCGCGCUGCGCCGCCUGCCCAUGCAGACCAUCCAGGAGAACAAGCAGGCCAGCUUCGCGCCGGCCACUGCGCCCUUCCGUCCCGGGGCGCUGCCCGCGCUGCUGCCACCGCCGCCGCCUGCGCCUAGGCCCGGCCCGGUGCUGGGCGCGCCGGGGGAGCUGGCGCUGGCGGGCGCGGCCACCGCCUACCCUGGCAAGGGGGCGGCCCCAUACGCGCCGCCCGCGCCCUCGCGCAGUGCCUUAGCCCACCCCAUCAGCCUUAUGACGCUGCCCGGCGAGGCGGGCGCGGCGGGCCUGGCACCGCCAGGCCACGCCGCCGCCUUCGGGGGCCCGCCCGGCGGCCUCCUGCUGGACGCGCUGCCUGGGCCCUACGCGGCCGCCGCUGCCGGGCCGCUAGGCGCCGCGCCCGACCGCUUCCCAGCCGACCUGGACCUUGACAUGUUCAGCGGGAGCCUCGAGUGCGACGUGGAGUCCAUCAUCCUCAACGACUUCAUGGACAGCGACGAAAUGGACUUCAACUUUGACUCAGCCCUGCCUCCGCCGCCGCCGGGCCUGGCCGGGGCCCCGCCCCCAAACCAGAGCUGGGUGCCGGGCUGAGGGCCGCCUCCCGCCCCCGGGCGCCCCGUCCCGUCCCCUAGGGGCCUCUGUCUUCCCAUCCCGAUUCCCGGGUCCCCGCCCCCGACUCCAGCUCCCCAGGAGGCGGCCCCAGCCCAGCUAGGGACCCCUCACGGAGGCCGGCCACAGGGGAAGGGGAGGGAGGGGCCGGGGCACCCCAGGGCUCCUGCCCACACUCCUGAGAUCUGCCCCCUCCUCCUGGGCUGGAAGCCUGGGCGAGGAGGCUAAAUUCCAGGCUGGCUGGGAGUAGGGAGGAGCAGGGUGGGCAACCUGGUGUGAACGGUGGUCGGGGAAGCCGACUAGGAGGUGUGCCGGAGGCAUUUCCAAAUAUUCAGUUUCAUUUGCGGAGCCCUAGCCGUGACCCCGCGCCCACCCCAAACACGGAUCUGGUUCCCACUUGACACACUUUCCUACUGGUCUUAGUCUCACCCACCCGAAGCCAGCAGCCCUCUCCGGAGAACUCACGCCUACCUAUCCAUCCACCCCGAGCAGCCCUCCACCCCCAAAUCGCCCUCCGACGACCGCCACCCCCAACAGUUCAGCCUCCCCCUCCCAUCCCUGCCGGCCCCUCUCUUCUCCCUGCCUCCGUCGAAGUCAGUUCCUCUCUUCAGCCGCCCCUACCCGCUAGUACUGGUCUCAGCUUCUCCAGCGAGCCUCAGCCCGGUCCACCCCUAACCCCGACGCCCCUUUCUCCGUGCCAGUUCUGGCCCUUCUCCCAUAUUUAUAAGUGUCCGGUCGGGGCGGGCGGUGGGCGCGGCGUCCCCGGCGCGUAUCGUAGGCAGUGUACCGUGGCCGUGCCGUCAGAGUGUGCGUGUGCGUGUGUGCCGUGUCGAGGCUGUGUAGAGUGCAUUGUACAGCAUAUUUUCAUGAAUAAAAUUGUUUUAAAUAUU